GGUCACCAUCCCGCUCCCCUUCCCUUGCGCGGGUGCAGCUCCUGCUCACCAAAGAGUGACUCUGUUUAAAAACACCCCCCUGAGCCACGGUGCCAAGAGUGGCUCACGGUUGGGCUUCUUGCGUUAUUAAGGAUGGGCUCCUGCCUGGCCGCAGGUGCUCCUCUCGUCCCUCGAGAGGUUUUGUAGCCUGUGAACUGCUGUCCAGAGCUUUGCUGGGGUUUGUUUUGAUGCUGAUGCCAUGUCUGCUACCCCAGCAGCAGGGACACCUGGGUCUCGGAGGGGCAAAGGGAGUGGGGGAGAGGACAGGGGAGAGGUUUCUGUCUCCCCCCAUUUGGCUCAAGCAGCAGUGGUGGCCACAAUGCUGGGUUUUGCUGUGAUUCUGUCCUAAAAGUCAUCGGCUUUUUUGAGAAGCCUUGUCCUGAAGGCAUUUCCAGGUCAUUUUUAAAGGUGAGGAAAGGAAUGGAUGGAAGGUGAUUCUUUUUCUCCACCAGAAAUACCUGCAGGGUCUUAACCUGCCUGAGUUAGACCUGUGUGAGAGGAGAGACCUGCUCAGCCUGGGAGAUUUGUUCACAUCCCCCACUACAAAUAAUCACAGGUUAAUCAUAACUGGGGAGGUCGGUCUCUGUGCUGCCUGGCACACACACAGUCCCCAUUCCCCAUCCCUCCUUGGGUUACUGAGUCCGUAACCGGCUCCCGGGGUGCAUGGACGCAGCUUGGGGCUUUUCCAUGCACGAGCAAAGCCUAGGCACCAAAACCUUGAGUAGAAACAGGACAGGGGAGGAGGGGACCCCAGCAGACACCUGACACAGGUGGGACGUGCUGAGGGCAGCCGUGGCGGCCGGGCCCCACCGCUGGCAUUGCCAGAUGCUGCCACAAUCCUGUUGCAUUUCUGCAGGAGGGAUGGCUCCGGAGCCUCGGGGCUCCUCCAGUUUUGCCAGUCCCCCCCCCACCCCGGUUGCAGGAGCAGGCAGAGUGCUGCCGGGGUAUUUGUGGCACUGCCUGGACAAGGCCAAGGGGGAGAACCAGUGAUUCAUUCCCUUCGUGCCACGCAAACGCGGCGAUUGCAAUACUGCAGAGAAACUCAACGCUAAAGAAAAAAAGGGGCUUUUCUUUCUAAUGGUCACUCCUGUCCCCUUCUCUCCCCAUCCCAGAACACAGGAGCAGCUCCCAGAGGUGAGUCGUGUGGGUGCAGGCACAGGUCCCGGUGCCCAUCCCCAGGAGCAGCUGUGCAGGCAGCAGCGGCUGCAUCGUGAGAUGGCACGGUGGGCACUGGCACUGGCGCUCUGCCUCUCCCUGGCCAUGGUGGUAUCUGCCGACUGCAUGACCCAGUGCUCCCUCUGCGCUGCCCAGACCCGCGGUGCCGACAGCAGCAUUUGGCCCCUGAUGUGCCUGCGGGAGUGCCAGGGCUCCUCACCGCCCGGCCCCGAAUGGGAGACGUGCAGGAAGGCACUGGCGCUCCUGGUCCCGCUGGUGGCCCUGGCCGAAGGAACAGACCCGUCCCCUCAGGAGGCGGAGGAGGACGAGGCAGAGCAGGAGCAGGAGCUAGGUCCUGGGGAGCUGCCACUGGCACCGGCCAAGCGCUACGGGGGCUUCAUGAAGAAGAUGGCCAAGGGGAAGCUGCUCUCCCUGCUGCGUGAGAACGCCCACAGCAAGGGCGGCCUCAGCAAGAAGUUUGGGGGCUUUGGCCGCAAACCAGGGGAGCGGGCGGCCCCUGAGGACUACCCAGGACCGGAGCCAGCAGGUGACGGGGGCGAGGAGCCCACGGGUGCCGGGUCUGAGGGGCAGGAGCUGGCAGAGCUGCACAAGCGUUACGGUGGCUUCAUGCGCCGGAUCCGGCCCAAGCUCAAGUGGGACAAUCAGAAGCGCUACGGGGGCUUCCUGCGGCGGCAGUUCAAGGUCACCACGCGGUCGGACGAGGACCCCAGCGCCUACUCAGGGGAGGUCUUGGACCUAUAGAGCCAGGCACGGGACGGGCGGCACCACAGUCCCCAUGCUGCCGGCCCGGACUGCGCCAUCACCCCUGGCCCCAUCCCCUGCCCAGCCUGGCGUGGCCAGCGUCAUCCCUGUCUUGUCCCUCUGGGGGACCAUGGGUCCCCAUCCUCAGUUGUCCCUCUUUGGUUCACCUGCCCAUCCCUUAGGGACCCCGUGCAUCGAGGGGACAGUGCCACCCCUCCGGCUGCUGGCGGUGCAGCUGCAGGUCCAGCCCCAGGGCUCUUGGGUGCAAAUUGAGGGGAAAACGCAUAUCCUUCACCUUCCCACAGAAGGACAACAGGGUCUGGAAACCAUCACAGCUGGUGUACGAGGCGAUGGUGUCCGAGCACCAGGAAGGAUGAGCUGGGGCAGAAUCGCAGCCCUCUGGGCUGGGAGAUGGCUCACGCAGCCAGCACAGCUGUGGGGAGAGGUGGCCGGGCAGGGCUGGCACCAUGGCACCGUCACCAGCACAGGGAGCUGGCUGAGCACAACCCCGACUCCCCUCCCCGAGCUGCUCGCCACAUUCCACCCGUCCCAGCACCUGCCUGGUCAUCCCCCACCUCCCCCCAAGCUUCCCCCUCUGAGAACGACCCCCAGAGGCAGGAUUGGACCUGUACCCCAUCCCCUGCUCCCCCCGCAGCCAAUAAAAGGCAGAUGCCAACAAA